AUGGUGCUAAAUCUUACCUCUUCAGAUCCUAGAAACGCCGAGUCGGUUGCUCUUCGUAACAAGCAGAAAGCGGAGCUAGAAAAGUUCCAGAAAGGAGUCGAAGCUGCAAAAGCUGAAUUCUUCAAGGACAUUGAGAAGAAGCGAGAAGAACUCCUUAUCAAGCAUAAACAUGAGAAGCGCGAUUUGGUGAACAAGGAGCAGGCAAACAGGUCAGGAACUGCGCUGCCAAAGGAGAGUGGCGAUAGACCUAGGCAAACACCGGCAAACACCUCCAAGGCCUCACCAUACGCAAAGACAGACCUAAGACAUCCAAGUAUUCAACAGAAGCCCCAAAACCUAGACGCAGAGAAGAUGUGCGGCCACAGUCACCACCUAACGCGGAAGAGCAACAGAGAACUCGCACCACUACUCUGA